AUGUCUUCCAGUGGAGAAGUCGCUUGCACUUACGCCACCUUGAUUCUUCAUGACGACGGAAUUCCCAUUACUGCUGACAAGAUUUCAACUUUGGUAAAGAAGGCCAAUGUCCAAUGUGAGUCUUACUGGCCUGGCCUCUUCGCUAAGUUUGUUGAGAGGAAGAACGUUGAAGACUUGAUCACCAACGUUGGUGCUACUGCCGUUGCUGUCUCUGCUUCCACAGGUGGUGGUGCAACAGCUGUGGAAGCUCCUGCUGCCGAAGAGAAGAAGAAGAAGAAGAAGGAGGAAGAGAAAGAAGAGAGCGAUGACGACGAUAUGAUUAUGAAUCUCUUCGACUAG